AUGUGGUUGAGAUCGGAAAAGGAAGAUUCAAAUAUGAUGGAGACAUCAAAGGGUGGAAAAAUUGAUACUUUUGGUGGAGAAGGAGGAUCCGCUAACAGUGUUAUUUCCAAGAGUUUGUCUACUGGUGGCGCUGAUGGAGAAGAGAAAAAAUUUGACGAAAAGAAGGUAUACCCAAAGGGACACAUCCAAAGAAAGUUAGAAAGUCGUCAUGUUCAGUUGAUUGCGAUCGGGGGUUCGAUUGGUACAGGUCUUUUUGUGACAAUUGGUACUACAGGAUUAGUGAAUGCUGGACCAUUAGGGUUAUUAUUGGCCUAUUCAUUUUGGACGUUCAUUAUUUUGUUGUUGACCACCUCUAUAGGUGAGAUGGUAUCGUUCUUGCCAGUAGCUGCCCCAUUUAUUACUAUGGCUGGUAGAUGUGUCGAUGAGGCCUUUGAAUGUGCAGUGGGCUGGAAUUUUUUCUUGAUGCAAGCUUUAUACAUUCCUUUUGAAAUUACUGCUGUUAAUGGUAUGAUUCAUUUCUGGAGAAGUGACUAUUCACCAGCUAUUACAUUGUGUAUCCAAAUUUUUAUCUAUGCAUGUAUCAAUGUUUUUGCUGUUAGACUUUACGGUGAAGCCGAAUUUUGGUUAUCUAUCUCAAAGUUAAUUUUAUGUAUUGGAUUAUUAUUCUUUACCCUUAUUACUAUGUGUGGUGGUAACCCACAGCAUGAUGCAUUUGGUUUCAGAAACUGGAAUGUCGAAGGUGGCCCAAUGGGUGAAGUAAUUACUACUGGACCUUUGGGUAAAUUUCAAGGUUUUUUAGCCGGCUUGAUUAGUGCAUGUUUUACUGUUGUUGGUCCUGAAUAUAUGUCUAUGGUUUCAGCCGAAGCAAAGAACCCUAGAAAAACUAUGCCAACUGCCUUUAAGACUGUUUUGUAUAGAUUGGCUUUGUUCUACAUUGGUGGUGCAUUGAGUGUGACUAUUUUGAUCAGUUACAAAGAUCCAAAGUACAUCGAAUUGACUGCAGACUCUUCGAAUGCCGCUUCUUCUCCUUAUGUGGUAGCAAUGCAGAAUUUGCACAUUGAUGUCUUGCCUCAUAUUGUGAAUGCUGUUGUAUUGACUUCAGCAUUUUCAGCAGGUAAUUCAUAUACAUACUGUUCUUCAAGAGCUUUAUAUGCAUUAGCUCAGAGAAAGUUUGCGCCUAAACUUUUUACUUACUGUACUAAAAAUGGUGUUCCAAUUUACUGUGUUUUGGUUGCCAUCUGUUUCUCAAUGUUAUCAUUAAUGCAAUUGAGUCUGGGAAGUGCUAAAGCUUUAAAUUAUAUGGUUAGUUUAUGUACAGGUUCACAACUAUUGAACUAUGGUUUUAUGACAAUCACCUACAUGUGCUUCUAUAGAGCUGUUAAAGUCCAAGGCUUGGAUAGAAGAACAUUCCCUUAUAGAGCAUGGUUCCAACCUUACUCCAUAUGUAUUGCAGCAUUUUUCAUUUGGUGUAUGAUCGGUAUUUUAGGAUACACCGUUUUCAUUCCUGGGCAUUGGGAAGUUGACUCAUUCUUGUUUAACUACGUUAUGAUAUUUGUUAGUGCUGCUAUUUACAUUUUCUGGAAAGUCUUAAAGAGGACUCCUUUCGUUAAGCCUGAGGAAGCGGAUAUUUUCACAGGCAUCGAGGAAAUUGAAGAGCAUGAAUAUGAAUACUAUGCCAAAUUAGAGGGUGAAGAUGAAGAUGGCAAGCAUAAAGAAAGCAAAUUCAAGAACAUGCUUCACUGGAUUUUUUGA